AUGCAGCAGCCCCCAGCGACGCAGCAGCCCCCGGCGGCGCAGCAGCCUCUGGCGGCCGACGCCGCCGCCGCGGGGGGCGUGGCGGAGGAGUGGAAGGACGAGGGGGAGCCGAUCCGGUCCGGCGACGUGCGGCAGGACCCCUUCGACGGCGCCUUCCAGAGCUUCGAGGACUUCAAGCAGAAGUACCUGACCAGGGGGCUCGUGCAGGCGGGCCCGGCCGCCGACGUCGCCCUGGAGCAGAGCUGGCGCGCCGCGAGGGCGGCGACGCCCGCGGAGGCCGCUCGAGCUCGCGGCGCCGCUCGCGCUCCCGCCGCGGCCGCGAGCGGUCGCGGCGGCGCUCGCGCUCCCGCCGCGGCCGUGAGCGCUCCCGGCGGCGUUCGCGCUCCCGCGGCGGCCGCGGCUCGCGCGGGCGCAGGUCCGGCGGAGGUGGCACAGCUCUCCCCGGAGAGAGUAUGCGAGGGCGACGCUCAGAGGGAGGGCUGCGCCCGCAGCAGCCAGGCGAGGAGAAGUCACGAGGAGUGGGACAAGUGGGCGGCCGAAAAGAUGGCAGAGGACCGUCUGGCAUGGUGGGGCUGCUCCCCGAGCGUGCACUCGCACCUGCAUGGCCUCAGCGAUGCCAUCCUCCAGGGCUUCAGUCCUACUCUGUUCCUCUCAGGAGCGACAUCCACUGGCCGGAAGGCCGCCGCCAUCAUAGCUUCCGAGUCGUCCACGCUGGCCACGGACCAGCCAGCCCGACGCAGCAUCGGCUCCGAGGGAUGCAACGCCGGUUCGUCGAUGAAGCUCUUACCCGAGAGCAUGUCAUCAGGCCAGCGGGUGCCCGACACCGCGGCCCGCAGCGAGCUUGUCUGCGCCCGAUCACCCGAGGCCGUCUUGCGGACCGCAAGGGAAUUCCAGAGGCUGCCAGAGCACGGACGCUUAACCGUUUUCGGACAACACAAGGCGCAGCUGGCGCAGGCUGUCCACGAGCUUGCUCCUGACGGCCCCGAGCUCCGAGACGACGUGGAAGCUGGACCAGAGCGCCUGCGCCGAGAUGUCAUCGAUGACGUUGCGAAGGAGCCGGGAUGUUGGGAGAGAUGCGCCUUCCUCAUGGCUUUCCGGCUCGCGGGAUCAGGCCCGAUCGUCGUGCGCUCCAACUGCCAGGCGGUCCUAGGUCUCGCCGCGGCGCCAUCCGCCGCCACGGCCCACAGCGCGCUGCGCUUGCCCCGCGGGCGGCCGCCGCGCGGCGCAGGGCACGCCGCGUCGGGCCACCAGCGCCGCCGGCGCGUGUCGCUGAGACGCCCCAGGCGGGCUGCGUUGUUCUAUUCCGUUGCUUGCGAGUUCAGCACCGCGAUGCGCAUCGCCGCCUCGGCGGUCCUCCUCGCCCCUCCGGCGGCCCACGCCGCGCGCACCAGCGGGCUGCUGGUCCGCGGGGCCUUCCGGGCGCCGGCGGACGACGCGGCCCUGCCGCGGGCCAGCGGGCUGGUGCUGCGCGGCUUCCCCGCGGCAGCGAGGGCCGCGGCCAACGCCAGCGCGCCGCGGGCGCCGGCGGAGCUCUCCGCACGGCCGCUCCUCGCCGCCGCGAGAGCGGCUGCCAACGCCAGCGCCGACGCCAGCGCGCCUCUCGGCGGCCCGCCCGCCCGCGCCGCCCCCCUGGCGGCCAGCGGCGGCGCCGCCGCGGCGAGAGCGGCCGCCGACGCGGCGCGCCUCGGCAGCGCCCCGGGCCCGGAGCGCCCCGCGCCCGACGGGGCCGCGCACGCGGUCCGCGGCGCAGCCAGGGGGCAGGGCGCGGGCGCCGAGGGCGCCCGCCGGCCCGCGGCUCGGGCGGAGGGCCCUGCCGCCGACGGCGGGGCGCAGGGCGUGGCGGGCGGGGCCGCCGCCGCAGAGGAGGCCCUGGCGACCGAGAUCGCCGAGGACGUGGCGGGCCCCGCGGUCCGCGGGCGCCCUGGGGCCCGCCGCGGGGCCCCUCCGUGGCUCGACGCCUUCGAGGCCUCCGAGGCCGCGCGGUGGCGGAGCCUGCCGCCGGUGCAGCUUGCGCAGGAGGUGCUCGCGGGCAUCGGAGGCGGGACUGGGGCGAUGGUGGGCACGGGGGACACGGCUAUGGACCAGGACCUGCUGCGGCGGCUGCGGUACCAGGACGAGGCCACCAUGGUGCUGCUGUUGCUGGCCUACCUGGUGGCUUUAGCCUUCAGCGCGAGUAUUGCUUACCGCCAGGCCUCCAACGAGUCCCCUGUGACAUACUACGCCGAUCCGCGCAGCCACCAGAUAGUGGCGGAGGGUCACGAACUCCCGGAUUUCCUGGAGGCGUUCGGCCAGCCUCCUCGGGAGGUGCACCUGGAGGUGACGGGCCUCGUGCCGAUGUUCAUGCUGCCGAAUUUCCUCACUGAGGCGUCGGUCGAGUGGCUCGGCUCGCGCUACGCGGUGGCCUUCUCCUUCGCGCUGGACCUGGCGCCGUGGGUGAGGCCCGUGCCGCGCACCGCGGGCCACGGAGACACCGGGGCGACGGACGGCCCGGAGACGGGGAUCACACCGGCCACUGGCCAUACUGGAGUCCUUCCUGGACUGCAACGAGAACGACCUCGCCACCGUGGAGCUCCUCAAGGAGGUGGAGUGGCCCGACUGGGAGGAGCUCGCGACCAACAUCAAGUCCCACAUUCGCCAACAAGGCUUCGAUGGAACUGUGCUGGUCAAGAAGCGCCACGGGGAGCAUAUGACCAUCUACAAGAAUCAACCCUGGGCCAACUUCAUGCAUGGUAGGAUGAUCAAGGUGCUGUGCGUCCUGAGCAUAUUUGGCUGGCUGGUCUACCAGCCAUACAUGUGGAUUCGUCAGAGAGCCCUGCAGUUGAGAGUACGUUACCGUGUAGAUGUGAAGAUCAACGACUAUUGGCCAUUGAUUUGUGACAAGAUCACAGCAGAGGGUUUCGUCGUCCGCACAUGACCCGCGCGUCUUGUGUCGGCCUUGUUGCAGCCCGCCCCAGGGGAGGAAAACAUGGAUGAGGACGGGAGGAGGAGGCCGAGGCCGGACCCGGCGGCACGAGGAGGACGAGGGUCCUCAUCCACCUCCUUGCCCUCCGGCGCCCCGUGCUCGCGCCCUGUCGCCGGCUUGGCCGCCCUGGCAGGGCUUUGGGCCCGCGCCAGUGCGCAGAAAGGCGCCUCCUCGGAGGGGCGCUGCCCGCCAGGGGGGA